AUGUCUACGCAAGUUCGGCCAAGAAAAAAUGCUCAUCCUCGACGUCUUCAAGUUAGAAAGCCACAAGAAAUAGAGAAAAUGGCAGACAAGAAUGAUAACUCGUUAACGUGCGAAGAAUGUGGCAAGAAUUUCGUUAGAAAGAAGAAUUUACUAUCUCAUAAAAAGACUCAUAGCAACGAAAGACCUCACAAAUGUGUAGAAUGCGGUCAGACGUUUUCGCUACGUAACACACUCGUAUGUCACAGGCGUGUACAUACUAAAGAAAGACUGUACACUUGUAGUUUGUGUUUUAAGAGCUUCACACAGUGUUCUACGCUAAAAACUCACGUUAUCUACAAGCAUACAAAGUCAUUUCCAUAUUUUUGUGAUAAAUGUGGAAGAGGUUUCAUUUCACCUGGGAAGAAAGUCGAUCAUUAUAGUCGUAAAUUGUGUCAUAAAAAUGAAAUGACCUGUGAUUCUAAUUAA